AUGGCUGUUAAGGGUUUAGGUAAGAUCGACCAACAAUACGAUGGUUCCAAGUUAAGAAUUGGUAUUAUUCAUGCUCGUUGGAAUAGAUCAGUAAUUGAUGCUUUGGUUAACGGUGCUAUUGAAAGAAUGAAGUCUUUAGGUGUUAAAGAAGAAAACAUUAUUGUUGAAACUGUUCCAGGUUCCUAUGAAUUACCAUACGGUACUAAAAGAUUUGUUGAAAAGCAAAAGAAGGAAGGUAAACCAUUAGAUGCCGUUAUUCCAAUCGGUGUAUUGAUUAAAGGUAGUACUAUGCAUUUUGAAUACAUUUCCGACUCUGUUACACAUGCUUUGAUGAACUUACAAGAUAAAAUUCAUUUACCAGUUAUUUUCGGUCUUUUAACAUGUAUGACUGAAGAGCAAGCUCUUGCUAGAGCUGGUAUUGAUGAGCAUCAUACUAUGCAUAACCAUGGUGAAGACUGGGGUGCAUGCGCAGUUGAAAUGGCUGUAAAAUUCGGACCAGACGCUUAA